AUGGGCACUUAUCUUUCCAGUCCCCUGUCGGGGAAGGAGGUCGCUUCGGGGGCCUGCGAGUCGAUGGGCCUCCGCUGGGGUGUCUGCAGCAUGCAGGGCUGGCGCGUCUCUAUGGAGGACGCCCAUUUGGUUCUGUAUGCCAAAAGAGUAGGAAGUCCCUCAGCAGCAAGUACGGGGGGAGCUCCCCCCUACGCUUCUCCACGUGAUGGGGCCCUUCCAGAUACAGCGGGGGCCCAGCACCAGCAGCAGAAGGACGAGCUUAGCCCACUGGGGCCAAGACUGCCUGCAGGCGGGGUGCAGCAACAUCUGCUUUCUCAGCUGCUCCUGGGAUCAGGAUCGGGACCCGGACUGGGAGCGGGACCCAGCCUUCAGCGCAGUACGGACAGUUGUUACGUUUUCCUGCCAACGGAGGUGGAGCUGCAUAAGGACGAGAUUGGGGGGCUGUCUUCGUCAGCUGCUGCUGGCCCAGUAACAGCAGCAUCGGCAGCAGCAGAUGAUGGGGGAGAUGCGGCCGAUGUGGAGGCAGGUGAGUCUGCAGAAGGAGACGCAGUAGCAACUCCCAGCAGCAAGAAAACCAAAGUGGGCAGAGUUGUGCGGCGACAAUUUACUUUGAGGCGCCGCGGUACCUCCACUGUUUCGGAAACAGAUGCAGCGGAUGCUUCAGCUGUGGGUGCUGCUGCUGCUCCUAGUGCGGCUGCUGGUGCAGGGCCCCCUGCUGUUUCCCAAGCUCGCGGGGUCCCUGCAGGGCAGGAGGCGGUUGGAACUGUCUCUUCGCCUAGCCAGACAGUGCAGCAUGCUGACUUGUGCAUAUUUGCUGUCUUCGAUGGUCAUGGGGGCGCGCAUGUCUCGAGGUUUGCGGCUGCACACAUGCGGCCGCUGCUGGAGUGCCAGGCUGCCUUCCACCGCGGGGACCUCAGCACCGCACUGCGGAGCGCAUACUUGAGGAUAGAUGACUUGCUGCGGGAGGAGAGCAGCCAGGAUGAUUUGCUGUACCUCACCUCCCACUCUCCCCACCAGUUGCUGCAGCACAAGCAGCAGCUGCAGCAGGAGCAGCAGCAGCAGCAACAGGAACAAGACGCCAGUGCCGCUGCAGCAGCACCCGCUCAGCACAAAGGGCUCAGGUCUACCCUGUCGAAUCUGGGACAGCACUUCGGCGUAAAGUCUCAACAACAACAGCAGCAGACAGCCACGGGGCAGCUGGGCCGAGCAGGUGUGAGCAGCAGCGCCGUCGCGGAUGCCCCCAGCAAGCAGCAGACAGGUUCCUUUGCUGCGCGGGGAGCUGAAGAAGAGGUGCAGGGCAGGCCGCUGCGGGGUGGUGCAGAGGACUCCCUGGCGACUUUCAGCAUCCAGGCGACAGCAGCAGCAACAGCAGCAGCAGCGAGUGCAGCUGCAGCAGAGAGGAGUACAGCGCGCAGCGGGGCAGCUGCGAUCCUUGCCGCCUACGCAGCAAACGGCCCCGAUUCUCCAGCGACUCCUCGCGGCCGUUUGUCUUACGUGGCCGAUGCAGACAGCCCAGCAGCAGCAGCUGCUGCUGCUGCAGCAACGGCGGCAGCGGCGGCAGUAUCCGCGUCGGAUCCCCCUGCUGCGGCUUCUGAUGAUGAGGUGGCGGCAGCAGCAGCAGCAGCAGUAACAGCAGCAGGAGCGGGGACGAGUCCAUCAGAGGAAACAGGGGCUACCAAAAAGGGCAAAAAGCUUAGCUUUUCAGGGCUGGUUGAUGUUGUCACGCGCUCUGUGGGCCUUGGGAGGCUCUUUGGGCGCAGUAACGGCAGCAGCAGCAGCGGCAGGUCCCUUGCAAGCACUGCGGGCAGCACCGCCCUUACCGUGUGUGUUACACCUACACGGCUCAUUGUGGCAAAUGUGGGAGACUCGCGUUGUGUGCUUUGUCGGGGGCGAGAGAUUAUCGAGUUGUCGCAGGACCACAAGCCCCAGCUAGCAGAGGAGAGGAUCCGGAUAUACGCGGCGGGAGGAUUUCUAGAAAUGGGUCGUGUAAAUGGGAACUUGAACUUGUCAAGGGCUUUGGGAGACUUGGUUUAUAAAGCAGAUGACAGCCUUCCUCCAGAAAAACAAAUCCUGUCAGGUUGUCCGGACGUCGUGACAGUCAACCGAGACCCAGAGAAGGAUGAGUUUCUCGUGAUUGGAUGCGACGGCAUUUGGGAACUGCUCUCGUCUGCUGAGGUGGUGGAGUUCGUGCGACGGCGAAUUGAGCACACUCCGGACUUGUGUCAGAUCCUGAAGGAGCUUUUUGACUCAUUGAUAUCACCGAAUCCAGCACUAUUUGAGUAUGGCUGCGACAACAUGACAGCAUUCAUUGUCGACUUGCAGGCAGAGAAGCGGCGACAGCUCCCCGCUGCUUCUUCCUCAGGUGCGGGGCUGCCUGCCUCUCAGGAGCAGCAGGAGCAGCCGGACAUCCGGCGCUUCAGCAAGACUAGCAGCACAGAGAGUCUCUCCGGCUCUGUCUAUGGAGAUGGAGACCUCCGGCAGACAAACCAAGAGAGACUCUCCCAAGAAGAACAGCAACCGCCUCAGCAGCAGCAACAGCCGCCGCAGCAGCAACAGCAGCAGCUUCAACAGUCGCAGCCGCAGCAGCAACACCAAGAGGAGGAGAGCGGCGGCAGGCCGUAG